AUGAUAACCCAAGUAAUAGUUGAAUAUAAUGCUCGCAAUGUAAAGAUAAAGGUGGGUCCUAAUACAUUAAUUCGAGAUUUACGGACCCAAUCUUGCAAGUAUUUAGGACUUGACGAAGAGUUAUACGCAAUAAAGCAUAAAUCUUCCUUUUUAAGCUUAUCAGCUCCUUUAAAAUAUACAAAUCUUGUUCAAAAUUCUAAGGUCGAACUUACUAUUGCCACAGCCAAGAUGAGAGCUAUGAGUUCUAGAGCAGUUCCUGUGAAUAUUAAAUUACAAGUUCAAGACUUACCUUCACAUUUCAGUGACAACCUGAUCCAUCAAUUUAAAAGUAAUGAUACUAUUUGGGCCAUAUUUAAAUAUUUUGAAGCAAAAUCUGGAAUAAAUCUCACGUCAAGAUCACGUGUAGUUAAGACUACAGAAACAUCAGGUCGGUUAUAUUACGAGGCUCCAGUUAUAAAGUCAUUCAAUUGUAAUAUUUCUGAUUUUAAAGACUAUAAGAAAACCCUUUCAGAACUUGGAUUGACUAGCAAACAGGAAAAUUUACGAGUGCGAUUUGAGUUGACUGAAAUUCCCAUUGAAGAUGCUCUUUCAAUUCAAGAUGAUCUUCUUAGUGAAUUAAAUAUUAAAGGAGAUCAAAAGGAAAUAGUUGCAGAAUCUUAUCCCAACGAUUCCAACAAUAGCCAGAUACAAGAAGAGAUGGAGAUACCUUUCAAUUCAAUAGAAUUACAGACACAAGAUAAAACUUUAAGAAAUAUCGAAAGACACACACAGGAAAAGACAAAAACUAUUGCAAAUUCUCUUAAUAGAUUAGAUGAAUCAACCUCGAAUAUUGCCUCCACAAAAGUUUCACGAAAAACAUCUGAACAUAAGCAUUUUUGUGAGAGUAAUUUAUCUGAGACUGGAACUAGAGAUGUUAAGGUAUAUCUUCCUUCCACUGAACCAAGAAAAAUUGAAAAUUCCGAUGAUUCAACAUACACUGUAUCUCUUAACCAUUCCCAAGCAUAUCAGUCUCAAAUUACCAAAGCAGCAAAACUUGGUGACGGGCCUUUACUAACUAAAAAAUUACGUCGAAACAUGGAGAUUGAAAAGAUGAAAAAAAUAUUAGACAUUCAGAUACGUAUACGAUUUCCUGAUCUCACUCAUAUACAAGCAACUUUUAAGGCUAAUGAGACGGUUGGUCAUGUGAUUGAUUUUAUACGAUCGGCUAUUGCAUUUCCUGACCUACCUUUCAAAAUUUUUAGUAAUCCCCCCAAAGCGUAUUACAGUAACAGAGAUCUGGUUUUAGUCAAAGAUUGUAAAUUUGGAACACGAAACUUGAUUUACUUUGAAUGGGAUUUGGCAUCUGAAUUGCCUAAAGACUCAUUUCCAUCAUCAGGUAUUUUAAAACCAGAUUACCUUAAUACCGGAACAUCUAUUCUUAAUUCCUCCGAUAUUGCGGUAAAUAAUACUAUAUCAGAACAUUCUUUGGAUUCAUCUGCUACUGAUAAGUCGAUUUAUUUGAAUGUUUCCAAUAAUGAUUUGCUCACAAAGAGCGAGAAAGAAAAAAAACUUUUUAAGUUUAUUAAGACGGGGCGAAAAUGA